CAAAUAGCGAAACAUCGCUUAAGCGAUUAUCGUGAAUGUGAAGAAUCCCACUACAAAGGUAUAUGUAGAUGUUGGAUUCAAACUCAUAGAUGGCGCCGAAAAUCGAUUGCUUAAUUUCAUAAUCGAUGACUCGAGCUUAAAAUUAGUCAUCGAUUUUUUCACUCAUCACUCAUUAGAUCCCACCAUCUGACGCCCUUUGUUUAUGUUGAAAUUUUGGAAACUAUGGACCACGGGACUAUAAUUUCAUCUGCCGAGGAGCAACUGAAGAAUUUUGGAAUUUUCCUAGAGGGACACGAAAAAAAGCUGAAGAAUCUAACAAAGAAAAACAAUCAUUGUGGUAAUAAUGAGAGGCCUUUAACUAGAGAACCACUGGUACAAGUCAAUUAUGCCGCCAAUAGAGAGGAAUUGUCCCUAGUAAAACUCUUGGAAUCAGAAAGAAUAUUGAAUAAAAUUUUACUUACCUUGGGUCAUUUGUGUGCCGAAAUUAAUGACAUUAGCAAAGAGGCAGACCAAAUGCAUAUGCAAUUCCUAUACAAGGAUGAAGAAUUACUCCUCACGAUACAGAAUGCAUCCGAUGGCGAUGAAGCCGAUGUGGACUUGACCAAACAAAGCAACUCUACGAGCAGUAGUAUUCUGUUGCAAAUGAGCGAAUCCAUGGAAUUUCUUUGUCAAAUGAAUUUUCUCUUGCAAAGAUGCAUAGUAUUGUGCAACAAUCUUUUACAUCAAUGUGGAUCAAUAUUGGAUAGUGAGAAUAACACCUCGAGCGUGGAUAUCAAAUUAACACACAUUUGCGACCAUUUCUCACAAAUGUUUGUUACCAUCCUCAUUUUUGAUGAGAUCCUGUUUCGUUCGAAUUUCGCCCGCUAUUGGUUGAUGUACAAAAAAUCUGUAGAAACAUUAACAAACAGUAGAAAAUCUUGGGAUAACUGUUCUACAUCAGAAUUGAAUGGCAUUCAUAACUGUUUACAGGAACUGGAUUUUCUCUUCAGUGGCCAUAUAUUUAGGCAUUUUCUUGACAGCACAUUUGGCUUAAAAGAAAAGAUUGGACCUCGCGGCAUGGGUCAACUAAAUAGACAAUUUAAUGAUUAUCUUAAACAGCAAUUAAUUGACAUUGAUAAGAUAAAUCCCGGCGAAUUGAACACUUUCACCGAUAUCCCUCAAAUCAUACGGCUGAAUGCAUUUUGUGUAGUUUUUCAUGACUUUUGUGGUCAAGUAGAUGCAAAAUUGGUAAAACAUCUGUUUGAGGCAAAUGCAAAACAUCAAGGCAUUAUUUUGAUUGGCAACAUACCUUGGUCUUCAUUGAGCUUCCUUACAAAAAAUGCAUUUUCCCUGGUUAAAUCACAUGGAAGAAAUCUUUUGGAUUUAAGAAGGCAACAACAACUAUUUUUACAAUUGCAUGGACAAAAAUUGACUAAAGAUUGUCGUACAUAUUGUGGCGACAUUGCUUUGUGGUCCUUGAAAGUCAAUAAGGCAUUGAGUCGAGGUCCUUUCGAGCAACGAAUAGAGCAAUUCAAGGAGUUGUCGAAAUCCCUUAUCGAAGGCGUACGAACGGCAGGCCAUUUGAGUUACUUGGUGAAGGGCAUUGUAAGUUCGCAUGAGAAUUUACAAAUCGCCAUGAGCAAGCAGACUUUAAUGGCCAUAUGUAAACUUUUGGAGAUGUUGAAAAUGAUACAGAUCUCCUUUAAUGACCAUGCCUCCAAUAUAAGCAGAAUAAUUCAUUGCAUAUCCCAGUACUUUCAGUAUAAAGUUUUACAUUUGCUAAACACUUGUAAGAAAAAAUUGUUAUCCUCCAAGCUAAGGGACAAAGGUGUCGACGCCUUGUCAGCCUUAAAAAUUGCCGAGCGCUGUUUAUACGGACCGCCCAGCAAAGUGCGGAUACUGGUGGCCAAACUCGCAUUCGAUGUUGCGUGCAAUGGAAGUAAUAAAUUAUUAUCCAUGGAACAAUUUGAACGGUUUCGUUUGUUGGUGCAGCGAAUUGAGAUGAUUAGCGAUUUCCAGGAACACAUUAAACAGAUUUGUGAUACAUCAUUUUUAUAUUGGCAUCAGUCUAUUUUGAAAGCCUAUCUCAAACAGAUUGUUGACAAAAAGCUAGAUUUCCAUUCAUUCCAGUAUCUGAUCAAAGCAUCAAGCGAACACAAUGAUCGUUUCAAUCUACACCAGUUCGACAAUUCUAAACUUUCUGAAGAUUUGCAAAAAUCUAUUUUUGAAAAUGUUCGCAGCGAGAUCAUUAGCAAACUUUGCGCACAAAUUGAAAUAUUUCUACGUUUAGAGGUUCAUGUCAAUUUACAAGUAGAGAAAAUGAAUCCCUUCGACCAGGGCAUCAACGACUACAAAGAACUGAUCCACAUUUGUCCCGUGGAAGUGAAUGGCAAUUAUUUGAUUUUAAGAGAUCACAUUGAAAACUAUUUGAGUGCAAUGUUCUAUAAUCUAACCACCAUAUCUCUGCACGAUUGGAAAACCUAUGAGGAAAUGAGACAUUUGGCCAACAACCGAUUACUCUUGAAUCCAGUCGAAGAUUAUUUGCCAAAUCAAACGCUAGAGCAAGGCAUUGAUAUUUUAGAAAUCAUGCGCAAAAUUCAUGUGUUUGUCAGUUCUUAUGUGUACAACAUGAAUUCGCAGAUAUUUGUCGAGCAACACAGUAACAACAAGCAUUUGGACACCAUUGGCAUUAGGCAUGUGGCGAAUUCUCUGCGCACCCAUGGCACCGGAGUGAUAAAUACAACCGUUAAUUUUACAUAUCAAUUUUUGAGGCAGAAAUUUUACACCUUCUCUCAAUUUUUGUAUGAUGAACAAAUCAAGUCUCGCCUCAUGAAGGAGUUGCGAUCCUUUGCCGAAUGCAAACAACAGGAUAAAUACCCGUUAUAUUCGUACGAAAGAGCUGAUGCCUUCAAUAAGGAUAUACGCAAAUUGGGUCUGGCUAAGGAUAGGCAGACAUAUAUGGAUUUAUUUCGAAAAGUUAUAACUCACGUUGGUAAUGCUAUGGGCUAUAUACGGCUUAUACGCUCCGGCAGCAUUCAUGCCAAUUACAGUUCUAGUUUAUAUUUGCCGAAAUUUGAUGAAAACCUUAAAUUUGAAAGUGCUUGCAAAGAACAGGAGCUAAGUGAUGUCCUACAAACCGCAGCCGAAAAUGUUGAAACUAAUAUUAAAAAUUUAGCGAAGAGUUUUGCCGAUAGCACGGAAUAUUUUAAGCUACUACUCGAUGCUUUCCAGCCUUUUUUUCGAAAUCCCCAUAACCUGCAUUUGCGAAACUUUUUCCUCAUUGUUCCGCCGCUGAUUAUGAAUUAUGUCGAAAACAUGCUGGCGGUUAAAUCAAAAAUAAACAAAAAAGAUCGUGAUGAAGCUGUUCUUUUCGACGAUGGUUUUGCUGUGGGACUUGCUUACAUCCUUAAACUACUUGAUCAAAUUGGGGAUUUUAAUUCUCUACAAUGGUUCACCACCGUGAGGGAACGUUUCGAGGCCGAACGACGUAAAAUCAAAGAAAUGCUGUUGGAAAUCAAUAAUUUAGGAGAGAUGACUUCAUCAAAAUCGAAUACCAAUGCAGCUGCCUUGCAGAAAAAUGAGAAUGAGAAGCUGUUACAGACACUGGUUCUCACUGAACGACGAGUGAAUGCCCAUCAAAUGGAGUACAAUUUAUUGUAUUACAAUUUAUGUAGUGCGAAGAUAUUUUUUCAAUAACGUUUACAUGAACAUUUUCCAUGUUACCCACAAUAUGUUAUGUAAUUUAAACAAUUUUUCAUUUUAUUUAUUAUAAGUUUGGAAAUGUUAUGCUUUAUCCUUAUAUGAAAGAAUAAUAAAAAAACCAAACAAAUAAA